AAGAGUUAGUGAGACAGAUGACUAUGCAAAAUAUGCAAUUUCAGCAGGAAACGAGAGCGUCUAUACAAAGUCUCACUAACCAAUUGGGUCAGAUGGCUACUCAGUUGAAUCAGGCACAGUCUCAAAAUUCUGAUAAACUACCCUCCCAGACUGUGCAGAAUCCUAGGAACGUGAGUGCCAUCACCCUUAGGUCGGGGAAGCAGACUGUUGCGCCUCCUGAGCCCGCUUCUACACCCACACCCGUGCCUGCUACUUGUCCCAGAGAGGAUGACCAUGACGGUCCACGCAGGGCAUGUGAGGUGGGUGGAUCUUCUUCUCCAGAUGGUGGUUCUUCUGCAGGUGGACCUUCUCCCUCUUCCACCACCACCGCUGCCGCACCUUCUCCGUUGAUUGACCGACCUAUCCCUCUUCCAUUCCCUUCACGGGCUCUACCUAGUAAAAAGAGUGAAGAGGUUGAUAGGGAAAUUCUGGAGACCUUCAGGAAAGUAGAGGUGAACAUACCUCUACUCGAUGCCAUCAAGCAGAUACCCAAAUAUGCCAAAUUUCUGAAGGAGUUGUGCACGCAUAAGAGGAAGAUGAAGGGUGAUGAGAGGAUUAGCAUGGAAAGGAAUGUAUCAGCUCUCAUUGGUAAGUCGGUCCCGCACAUUCCCGAGAAGUGCAAGGACCCAGGGAAAUUUUGGAACUAUUCUUUGGGACUUUUGGAAGAACACCUUGCAAAUUGAAGAUUCUCCACAAAGGCACUUUAGGAUUAGUCAAUUUUUAAUUUAGUAGAUUAGACUUUUUAAUUUAAGUUUUGUAUAAUUUUGGGCUUAUUUUUGUUAGGUUAGACUAAGCCCAAUUGUAAAAAAAAUAGUGACAUGGCUCUAGGGUUUAAAAAAAUGUGUGGACCCCACCAUGGGAGGUAAUUUUCAGACCUAGGGAUUCCCAUUCAGCAGCCGUCACUUACUGGGGGACGGGGUCUUUGGCUGGAAUGUUUUUGAGCUUUGAUGGGUUGUUUUACGGUUUAACAGGGGAAUGAGGAGAAAAAUACACUUUUCCUUUGUAUUUUGAGGACGCUGAACUACAUAAUUUUGAGAAGCAUUUUCUUUCUUUCA